CCGGUAAAUAUUAAUUUAUUGAGACGGCACGAAAAAUUAGAAAGUAAUUAAUAAAUUGCUACACGUGGCAUUGCUAUCCAAUACUCAAAAUAUGUGGGUAAAGAAAAUAUACACUUUAGUUUUCUUGCGAACUCGAAAUCAGGUACUUUUGGGCUUUAAAAAGAGAGGUUUUGGAAUUAACAAAUGGAAUGGUUUUGGCGGCAAAGUAGAGCCAAAUGAAAAUAUUGUAGACGGAGCUGUGAGGGAAUUAAAAGAAGAAUGUGCUGUGACCGUGACGGCUAGUGACCUGAAGAAUGUGGGACACUUGGAAUUCACAUUCGAAGGUGAACCUACGUUGAUGGACGUAAGAGUAUUCAGCGCUACUAUCUGGCAGGGGGUACCGCAAGAGACUGAGGAAAUGAGUCCAAAAUGGUUUGAUAACGACUGCUUGCCUUUCGGAGAAAUGUGGCCUGACGACCGGUUUUGGUUCCCAUACAUGCUGCAGAACCGACCAUUUUAUGCCGUCUUUCACUACCAGGGACACGACACCAUCCUGAAGUCGAAGAUUUACGAAAUAGACUCUAUGGAGAAACAUUAUGCUACAGUCAUUGACGAUAAUAAUAAGUAGCUAUAAGUUUUCGUAAUUAUUUAAGUUUGGAUUUGUCUGUGAUGAUUGUUACGAUUUUAAUAUAAAUACUAACAAUAUG